GUUUAUGCCCGUUCAUGAUCAUGUGUUCUUCUGCCGCGACGCGCGCGGGAGGGGACGAUGAUCCGCGGCGGCAUGUCGUUGUUGUGGAGGGCCUGGCCCCCGCCGUGAGCGCCGCUGCGGUGGAGGCGGCGCUGCGGCAGUUUGGAGACGUCCGGGCGGUAGAGCUUGUCAAGAACCCCGUUGAUCCCAAGCAGCAGCUGGGGAUUGGGCGCGCACUGGUGACCAUGGGCAGCGCGGCCGAUGCCGACAACGUGGUGACGCACCUGCACAAGUUCCUGGUGAUGAUCGCUGGCACGCCCAGGCCCGUGACCGCCGUGCAUGGCAGCGGGCAUUUCAGCUGUAAGCAGCAGCCGAGGCGUGGCAGGGAGACGCAGAUGAGGGUGGUGAGAUCGCCGGAGCUUGCGCAGCUCAAGCGGCUGCAUGACAAGCACAAGCGGGAGAUGGACACUCUUUGCAAGCUUCACGCAGAGGCGGAGGAGGCACUGGCUGAGGCGCAGGGCAAGCAGAUGAGCAGCUACUUCAAGAUGUUGCACAGCCUGGAGAGUGAGGAUGCAAGCGUGGCCAAGCUCAAAUCCAUGUACCACGUCCAAGACGACGUUUAGCCCCUGGAGGUAACUAUAAGCGUUUUCGUU